AUGUUCGGUACGUCAACCGCAUCCUAUCAAAUCGAAGGUGCAUGGAACGAAGAUGGUAAAGGAGAAAAUAUUUGGGACAAAGUAGUUCACAGGGUGCCAUCACCAGUUAUUGAUAACUCAACCGGAGAUGUAGCUUGCGACUCCUAUCACAAAUUUAAAGAGGAUGUGGCUAUGCUUAAAUAUUUGGGAGUCACCCAUUAUAGAUUUUCGUUGUCUUGGUCCAGGAUUCUACCCACAGGAAAAGUUGGGAUGACCAUAGAUACAGCAUGGUUAGAGCCAGACACUAAUAGUACUAAAGACGUAUAUGCUGCAGAACGAGGACAGCAGUUUGUCCAUGGAUGGUAUGCCAGACCUGUAACAUUGGGCGACUAUCCAGUAGUGAUGAAGAAAGUAAUCGCUGAAAGAAGCGCACUUCAAGGCUUUACCCAAUCACGUCUUCCACAAUUUACUAAAGACGAAAUCACGUAUUUGAAAGGUACCCUUGAUUAUUUGGGGUUGAAUUAUUAUACCACAUUUAUGGUAAGAGAUUCUGAUGAUGAAAAAAUCAGCGAUAUAUCUUUUGAAGCUGAUGCAAAUAUAAAUGCUUAUCAAAAAGAAGAAUGGCCGAAAUCUGCCACGCCAUGGUUAAGGGUUGUUCCUUGGGGAUUAAGAAAACUCUUGAACUGGAUCAAGAUCACAUAUGGUAAUAUCCCAAUAUUAAUAACCGAAAACGGUGUAUCAGACGAUGGUUCGUCUCUAGAAGAUGACGCAAGGGUUGACUAUUACCAGCAACACUUAAGCAGUUUGAAAGAUGCGAUGGAUGAUGGAGUAAAUGUUUUCGGUUUUACAGCGUGGAGUCUGAUGGAUAAUUUUGAAUGGUUACAAGGAUACUCGGAACACUUCGGGCUGUACCGGGUGGAUUUUUCAAGCUCGAAUCAAACAAGAACGCCUAAGAAAUCUGCGAAGUACUUUAAAAAUGUGAUACAAUACAGAUGUGUUUUAGGAAACUCUACAUGUGAUAAAUAA